AUGGCUUGGAGUCAGUUAGAAUUAGAACCACCACACAUAGCCUACGCCUGUGUGGGUAUUUUCAGUACCCUAUUCUCAUUAGUCUCCCUUUUCGUCAAAGAACGUCUAUACAUCGGCGAGGCCACCGUCGCAUCCAUAGCAGGGCUUAUCCUAGGCCCACAUUGUCUAAACUGGUUUGACCCCGUCAGCUGGGGUAAUUCAGACUACAUCACCCUAGAAAUCUGUCGAAUAGUAUUAUGUAUCCAGAUCGUCGCCGUGGCAGUAGAGUUGCCGAAAAAGUAUAUGAUGAAACAUUGGCUCUCAGUGACUAUUUUCUUGUUGCCGGUCAUGACAUGUGGGUGGUUGAUUGUUGGGCUCUUUAUCUGGUGUCUCAUCCCCCAUUUCACAUUCAACGAUGGAUUGCUAGUCAGUGCAUGUGUCACAGCCACCGACCCGGUCUUGGCUGCUGCUGUCGUCGGUAAAGGAAAGUUUGCCGAAAGAGUCCCUGGCCAUUUGCGUAAUUUGUUGUCAGCAGAAUCGGGGUGUAACGACGGUAUGGCAUUCCCAUUUAUUUUCCUAUCCCUAAACUUGAUUAUCCAUUCUGGGCACGCCGGCGAAAUUGUUAAAGACUGGUUUUUGUUGACCAUCCUUUGGGAGUGUAUUUUCGGCUGUUUAUUGGGGACAGUCAUUGGCUAUGUCUUGCGUAAACUAGUCGCUUUUGCAGAAAACCAAAACCUUAUCGACCGUGAAUCGUUUUUGGCCAUUUUCGUGUUUAUUGCAUUUAUUUCUGCUGGUAUUGGGUCGAUGUUGGGUGUGGACGAUUUAUUGGUUUCGUUUGCUGCAGGUACCGCCUUUGGCUGGAAUGGGGCAUUCGCAAAGAAAACCGAAGAGUCACACGUGUCUACUGUUAUUGACUUGUUGCUAAACUUGUCGUUUUUCGUCUACUUCGGGGCAAUCAUUCCUUGGCCACAAUUCAAUAACGCCGACUUGGGAUUGAAUGUAUGGAGACUUGUCGUGUUGGCAUUUGUCAUCAUAUUCUUGAGAAGAAUUCCCGCCGUUGUCGCCCUCAAGCCAAUAACCCCCGACGUCAAAACAUGGAGAGAGGCGUUAUUCUGUGGCCAUUUCGGGCCAAUCGGUGUCGGUGCCAUAUUUGCCAGUAUCUUGGCCAGAAAAGAUUUGGAAGCCCACUACACCACCGAAGAAACGCCGCUACACCACCUCCCCAAUGAGGAUUUCCCUCACUACCAGUUGCUCGCCACAAUCUGGCCAAUAGUCUGCUUUAUUGUUAUUACAUCGAUCAUCGUCCAUGGAUCUUCAGUAGCAGUGCUAACACUAGGUAAAAGACUAAACAGAAUGGCCAUCACCAUGUCCUUCACAACCGACCAAGAAGGUAAUGGAAGUGGCGGGUGGAUGCAGAGACUCCAGAAACUCGACCGUGCCACCACCUCCUUCUCCUUACAUCGUGUGGAUACAAUGGCACCAACCGAAAAACUGCAACCAGAAACUACCGGCACAAAAGUGCGUCCAACAGGCGGAGCCAAGAGAAAGAAGAACCACAGAGAUGACAGAACACCCCCAGAAGCGCAGAUCUUACAACUAGGGGGCAACAAAACGCCAGAACCCGAAUCAGCCUCAGACACCCUUGCCAUCCCAAACAAAACAUCAGGGUUAUCUGCAUUUGGAGAGAAACCACCCACAAAAGCCGAAAAGGCACCUGUCCCAACCGUUGCUUACCAAGAUGGUGACCAAGUUAUUAUCGAAGACCAGUAUGGUGAAGUAAUGGAAAACUUGAAAUUAACCACCAAACCAGUACGCGCCCCUGAUAUCGGAAGUAUCCAUUCUAUGGAAUCCUUGGAGAGGCACCUCACACAAUACUCAACUGGGUCUGGCGAAUACACAACCGACGAGGAUACCCACGGCUUACAAGAAAAAUUAUCUCGGUCGUUAUCACGCCGGUCAUACUAUAAAAAAGAUGAUCCAAAUAAACGUAAAGUAUACGCCCACCGUGUGGACGAUUUGAUUGUGAUUGAAAAUGAAGAUGGUGAUAUCAUUAGAAGAUACAAGGUCAACAAACACGCACCUGCACCAAGAGCACGGUCGGGGUCUAUCAUGGGCAUGGUAAAGUCUAUGGUGGGGAUCAAGCCACCACCAGAAAUCAGUGUAACCGACCUCGAGCACGGCACCCAGCACAAGAUCAUACUACCGGAAGAAGAAAACACACCAAUGAGCAGCAAAACCGAACAAAAGUUGGAAGACACAAUAGCUAAUAUCCUACAAGAAAACCACACCCAACCCAUCUCCGAAGAGAGUGCCGACGAGGAGAGUGCCGACGAGGAGGAGACGGAAGUCGAAAAGAAAAGAAGAUUGCAAGCUUUGGGUUACUUGCCAAGUAGUCGUCGCGAUAGAGAAGACGAAGAGGAGUAG